CAUCUCUCUGUGUUCAAAUGACCAAACUGCCCCUUACUUAGCUUGAUCAAUCUUUCGGAUUUCAAAUUCAAAAUUUUGUUCAGCUUUCUAUUCAGUGUUGUUUCAUCGAGAAAUUCAUGUCCGCAACGACGUCGUCUUACUGGUGCUACAGAUGUAGCAGGUUCAUUGGGGUUUUGAGCGCCGGCGACUCACCGGUGGUGUGUCCAGACUGCGGCAGCGGCUUCGUCGAGGAGACCGGCGACCCGAACCGCUCCGUCUACGUGGAUUCUCGCCGCAGAGUGAGCUCCGCCGCUCCGAUGUACAUGAUCGGCGCCAACCAUAGCUCCGGUACCAAUCCUCAAUCGCCACAGCCUCGCAGACACAACACCGGCGGUGGCGGAGACCGGAUUAAUCCGGUGAUCGUGAUGCGCGGAGCUGAAUCGGCGAGCGAGGAAGGAAUAGGAUUCGAGCUUUUCUACGACGACGGAUCCGGGUCGGGUCUCCGGCCGUUACCGAAUAGCAUGUCGGAGUUUCUACUCGGCGCCGGGUUUGACCGGUUGUUGAAUCGGCUAGCGCAGAUGGAUUUGAACGGAAUUGGCCGUUACGAUCAGCGACCGGCGGAUAAAUCGGCGGUGGAGUCGCUGCCGACGGUGGAGCUCAAGGAGUCGCACGUCGCUGACGAGUCUCACUGCGCCGUGUGCAAAGAGGCCUUUGAAUUGGGGAACGAAGCUCGGGAGAUGCCUUGCAAGCACAUAUACCACUCCGAUUGCAUUCUGCCGUGGCUUGCUCUUCGAAAUUCGUGUCCGGUGUGCCGGUUCGAACUUCCGGUCGACUCUCCGGAGGCGGCGAAUCAGGAUGUGGCGGCAAGUGAGGAAGAGAGCGCUGCUCUGACUAUUUGGAGGCUGCCGGGAGGCGGAUUCGCGGUGGGGAGGUUCGCCGCAGGCAGGAGAGGCGGCGGAGAUAGGGAGAUGCCGGUUGUGUACACGGAGGUGGACGGCGGGUUUAACGGCGGCGCGCCGAGGAGGAUUUCGUGGUCGAGGAACGGCGGGAGAAGAAGACAGAGAGGUGGAGUUGGAAGGUUUCUGAGGAGUAUCUUCACUUGUUUCAGCGGAAGCAGUGGCAGCUCAGUUGUGCCUCGGCGGUUGUCUUCUUCUCCGGUGGCGCCGAUUUCGGUGCCGGAAAUAAGACCUGCGGCAGUGAACGAUAGGACGACGAGGUCUUCGAAUACGGAGAGGCGAAGCUCCCCGACGCAGACGCCUAGAACUUGGUCCAUGGAGGUUAACAAUGGAGUUCUCACAUGGUGAAAAAGUAAAAACUUUUGGGGUGAAAAGCAUUGAUGUUUGGUUUCUAAAUUCAUCCACUGUAAAGAUUGAGGGAAGAAAUGGAUUCAUGUUCGGCUCUCUCGUUUUCGAGCACAUAGAUUUGUCACAUUGGUGGAGAUUCCUUGAGCUUGAGAAGUCCAUUUGAGCUAGGAAUGAUUAUGAAGAACAAUCAGAGCAGAGCAGCAGCAAUUCAGUAUUAAGAGCAGCUUGAUCAGCAAGGUUCUUAUUGUUGGUUCCAACUUCCAGCCAAUAUAUGCUUUAAAGAUAGCUCAAAAUAGCCAACAGAUGAGGAAAAACCGAACUGGCACACGCCUGGUGUACCUAUUAUUGUGCCAUUAGGCCUGUAAAUGGUAAAAAUCAGCAGAAGGUGUCUGGAACCGAAUUUAUUCGAUCCUUAGCUUGAAGGAGAAGUGUUCUAGUCUUUAUGAGUUCUAGACUUCUAGUAUAAUACGCAUGCUCCUGGAUGGUCCUUCGUUAGGUGUAAGAAUGGAAACCUCUCAUGCCAGAUGUCUUGUUUUAGACAUUUCAGAAUUUCGAUAUUUGAGUGAAAUUGUAUUGCAGGCCAUCUUGUUCAGAGUGUGACAGAUGAUGCCACGCACCAUUCCCUUGAGGCUUUAUGCAUAGCAUAUGCCUAAAUGGUGUCACACCAUUGAAGGCUCUCUUGAUGGAUGAAUCGGAUUUUGCUGUUUAGGGUCUUAUCACUCUUGUCGGUAUUUCACUAUUUUGUGUGAGAAAUAUUACUGAGGUAAUAGCUGUUUUAUUUGGUAAUAGCUGUUUUAGUUGCGUCGCAAGUUAUUUUCUUUGCUGGAAGAAUUGAAAAUACAAGAGAAACACUUGCUACUUUGUUUGUGAUGUCGGAAUCUUAGAGACCUUUCACCGGAUUGGAGUACAAUUAUUGUUUUUCUUAAGUUUGUAAUUGAAAACUAUUUUGUUAUCAGGACAUUCUAGUAUGAAUUGAUGCAGGCUUGUUUUA